UGACACCAUGGGGAAGGGAGACACCUUGGAGAUAGCACCAACCCCCUCUGCCUACCGCUCUGUAAUGGAGGAGUACGGUUACGAGAUGGGCAAGGUCAUUGGCAAUGGCUCCUAUGGGACCGUGUAUGAAGCUUACUACACAAAGCAAAAGGUCAUGGUGGCUGUCAAGAUCAUCUCAAAGAAGAAGGCCUCUGAGGACUAUCUUAACAAGUUCCUGCCCCGUGAGAUACAGGUAAUGAAGGUCCUGCGGCACAAGUACCUCAUCAACUUCUAUCAAGCCAUUGAAACCACAUCCCGAGUAUACAUCAUUCUGGAGCUGGCUCAGGGUGGUGAUGUCCUCGAGUGGAUCCAGCGGUACGGGGCUUGCACUGAGCCCCUUGCUGGCAAGUGGUUCUCCCAGAUGACCCUGGGCAUCGCCUACCUGCACAGCAAGGGCAUCGUGCACCGCCUGACCCCCAGCCUUUCUGCUGCUGGUAGGGACUUAAAGUUGGAGAACCUGUUGCUGGACAAGCGGGAGAACGUGAAGAUCUCGGACUUUGGCUUCGCCAAGAUGGUGCCUUCUAACCAGAGAAUGCAUAGUAGCCCUUCUUACCGCCAAAUGAACUGCUUUACCCACCUCAGCCAGACCUACUGUGGCAGCUUUGCUUACGCAUGCCCAGAGAUCUUGCUGGGCUUGCCCUACAACCCUUUCCUGUCUGACACCUGGAGCAUGGGCGUCAUCCUCUACACUCUAGUGGUCGCCCGGCUGCCCUUUGAUGACACCAAUCUCAAGAAGCUGCUGAAAGAGACUCAAAAGGAGGUCACUUUUCCAUCUAACUACUCCAUCUCUCAGGAGUGCAAGAACCUGGUCCUCCAGACACUAUGCCAAGCCACCAAGCGUGCCACCAUCCUGGACAUCAUCAAGGAUCCUUGGGUGCUCAAGUUCCAGCCUGAGCAACCCACCCAUGAGAUCAGGCUGCUUGAAGCCAUGUGCCAACCCCCCAGCACCCCUAAUCGGCACCAAUCCUUGGAAAUCAACACCUAAAAGUGGUCGAAAGGGGGUUGAGAGAGGAGCAAAGCAGGAGGGUCUGGGGCUAAAAAUCUUUUAUACCAAAAAUAAAUCUAUUUCUGAUUUAGUUUUA